AUGAAGUCUUCUUUCCUCACCAUCUUCGGCCUGGCUGCUGCCGCCGUUGCCCAGAGCUCUGAUGAUCUCCCCCAGUGUGGUCGUACUUGCGCCGGCAACAUGGUCAGUGCCGAGAAGUCUCAGGAGCUUGGAUGUGACGCCGGCGAUAUUGGCUGCCUGUGCACCAACCAGGACUUCAUCUACGGUCUCCGUGACUGCUCUGCUGCUAUCUGCAACAGUGAGCAGGCCGCCCAGGUCCUGAACUACGGUCUUGAGAUUUGCCGCCGAGCUGGCGUUCAGAUCACUACUGGUGCUUCUGGCGAGGUUUCGGCCACGGCUACUGGCUCUGGCGCCGUUCGAACCGUCCUUAGCACCAUUACCUCUGGCGAUUCUACCGUCACCUCUGCCCUCUCCACCAUCAGCGGUACUGCUACUGGCGCUUCCGACGAUGUUUCCGUGAGCACAUACACCAGCGUCCUCACCAACUCCGAUGGAGAUGAGUUCACCACCACCGGUAAGGCUAUCCUCGGCGGUGCAGUUGUCACCACUUUCACCUCUGGUGGUUCUACCAUCGUCUCUACCAUUGCCUCUGAGGCCGAGACCGAGACCGAGACCUCUGGCGCUGAGUCCGCUGAGGUUACCACCUUCACCUCCGAUGGUACUGAGAUCGUUCGUACUCUCGUCACCGAGACUGCCUCCACCGACUCUGCCGCAUCCGCCAAGGUCACCACAUUCACCACUGAUGGCACUGAGGUCGUUCGAACCCUUACCACCGUUACCAGCGGUUCUGAGUCCGAGUCGGUUUCGGAGACGGUUACUGACGCCUCCACCGCCACCGAGGGUGCUACUGAUGCUACUGGUACUGAUGCUUCGGCUACCGCCUCCAGCACUGACAAUGCUGCCGCUGCUCAGAUGACUGGUGCCCCUGUUGGUGUCAUCGCUGCCGCUGGUAUUGCCAUGCUCCUCCUUUAA